UCUUUUAUAUUUGUUUCUUAUUUUUUGGGAUUCAAGCUUUUCCUCCCUACCUUCCGUUAUUAUAUCUUUACAGCGAAGUUGUACCGCGCGUUAGGGCAUCUGGGAGUUGACUCCAGAUUCCACCCACCCCAAAGAUGCCAUACACGAGAGCAAAAAGGUCUGCUUCACCUCAGACCUCUGUCUCACCUGUCAAAGGCCGCCGAUCAAGAUCAUUGUCGAGGUCUAGAAGGAGUCGUUCUAGGAGCCCAUCUGUGGAUGCAAACAAUCCUGGAAACAACUUGUAUGUAACAGGCUUAUCCACAAGGGUUACCUCUGCUGAUGUUGAGAAAUUCUUUAACAAAGAAGGCAAGGUGUUGGAGUGCCAUCUUGUAACUGACCCUCGCUCCAGAGAAUCUCGUGGAUUUGCAUUUGUCACAAUGGAAACUGUAGAGGAUGCAGAGCGAUGCAUUAAGUACUUGAAUCGUUCUGUGCUUGAAGGUCGACUAGUCACUGUGGAAAAGGCGAAGAGGAAGCGAGGGAGGACACCUACUCCAGGAAGGUAUCAAGGCUUGAGAGAUAAGCGAGAUGCAGGACGUGAUCGUGGAGAUCGUGAUUAUGGUGAUCGUGACCGUGACCGUGACCGUGAUCGUAGAAGAUCUCGUAGCUAUUCACCUCGUAGGCGGAAAGACAGAGAGCCUCCUUCCAGGGACAACCGCCGAGGAAGAUCACGUUCUCCACCAGCUAGGGAUAGGAGGGUGGAUGAGCAUUCAGACUCGUAUAGGAGGCGCAUGGAUCACUCCUGAAUCUGCUGCCAGAUAUAGCUACUGUUGCCGGACUUUCCCCCAGGUCGAGGCACAUUUACUUUGGUCUGUGAUGUGGGAUUUCGGGAUCUUAAUUAGUACAUUUGCGCUUUAAUUUUACCAACUCUCUCGGUAAUGUUGUUGUACUUGUAUGAAAUAGACAUGUCUAGUUAAAUGCUGUGAGGCCACAUUUGUUGUUGAUCACUUUCCCAGCUUUGCUAUGAAAAUGCUGUGUUUGAAUCUUAA